UCAGUCAGUCAGUCAGCCAUGUCGGCUGCCCUGACUGCCAGGAAGACCAAGGAGUUCAGAUCCCCUCCUCAGGAACAGGUAGAUCAGUCAGUCAGUCAGUCAGUCAGCCAUGUCGGCUGCCCUGACUGCCAGGAAGACCAAGGAGUUCAGAUCCCCUCCUCAGGAACAGAUCAACAUGCUCCUGAGCUUUAAGGACGAGAAGGUGGACUGUCCCUGCCCAGAACACAUCAGAGGACAACUUGUAGACUUCCACGAGGACCUGAUGACACACUGUGGCAUAGAGAUAGACGAGGACAAGCUGAACGAGGCAGACAGUGACUUCACCAUCCGAGGAAGACUCAUGUCUCUGGUGGAGAAGGUGGUCUACCUGAAGAAAAAGAUGACCUUCAUGCCGAAGAACAAGAAGAAAGAUAAGAAACCCAGCACGUUGCAGCAGCUGAUCAGUGAGACCAUGGUACGCUGGGCCCAGGAGAGCAUCAUGGAGGACCCAGAGCUGGUCAGAGCCAUGUUUGUCCUCCUCCACCGUCAGUACGACGGUAUCGGGGGCCAGGUCCGAGCCCUGCCCAAGGCCUACACCAUCAACUCAGUCUCUGUGGAGGACACCAUCAAACUGCUGGCGUCACUGGGACAGAUCAGAUCACUGUUGUCUGUACGCAUGGGGCGUGAGGAGGAGAAACUGAUGAUCAGAGGACUGGGAGACAUCAUGAAUAACAAGGUCUUCUACCAGCACCCCAACCUGAUGAGAGCUCUGGGAAUGCAUGAGACCGUCAUGGAGGUGAUGGUGAACGUCCUGAGUGGAGGGGAAUCCAAGGAAAUCACCUUUCCUAAGAUGGUGGCCAACUGCUGUCGUUUCCUGUGUUACUUCUGCCGCAUCAGCAGACAGAACCAGAAGGCCAUGUUCGACCACCUCAGCUACCUGCUGGAGAACAGCAGCGUCGGGCUUGCGUCUCCCUCCAUGCGAGGCUCUACUCCACUAGACGUGGCCGCUGCCUCUGUGAUGGACAACAACGAGCUGGCUCUGGCCCUGAGGGAACCAGACCUGGAGAAAGUGGUGCAGUACUUGGCUGGCUGUGGUCUCCAGAGUUGCUCCAUGCUAGUGUCUAAAGGAUACCCGGACAUCGGCUGGAACCCUGUCGAAGGAGAGAGAUACCUCGACUUCCUCCGCUUCGCAGUGUUCUGCAACGGUGAGAGUGUGGAGGAGAACGCUAACGUGGUGGUGAGGCUGCUGAUUCGUCGGCCCGAGUGCUUUGGCCCCGCCCUGCGCGGAGAGGGGGGGAAUGGUCUCCUAGCAGCCAUGAUGGAAGCCAUCAAGAUAUCAGAGGACCCCUGUAGAGACGGGCCCUCCCCUACCUCAGAGGCCAACAGGACACUGUAGGUACCCCUGUAGAGACGGGCCCUCCCCUACCUCAGAGGCCAACAGGACACUGUAGGUACCCCUGUAGAGACGGGCCCUCCCCUACCU